AAGGGUCAUAAAUGAGAUAAGCUCGCAAAGGCUCGACUGAUCAGUAUCAACAUGAUCAGACAUGUUUGCUGCCACCUGAGAAAGAACUGAAGUUUUACCACAAAGAGGAACUGGUUAGUACAAAAUCCGCAGGACGACGUGAGGACAAACUGAAUUUGUUAUGGAUUUGUCGAUAUUUAUGGCACAGUGAAACUGCACAAAGAAGCUCAGAAGAAUGUAACACGGUUUUGAGAAAUCAGAAGCAUUGGAAAUCUGAAAAAACAAAGGCUUUGGGAUUCGUGAAACAAUUUCAUCAUGUUGCAUGUGGAUUUCAGAUCAUUGAUUCUGCCUAUUGGCAUUGUUCGGAUGGUGGAGGUGGUUCUAACAUGCAUCUGCUUUGCAUUGGCGGCAUCAGCGGGAAUCCCGAAUGAAGCCAAGUCCCAUUGGGCUUGGUGCAUGUUCUGCUGGUGCUUCUGCUGUUUCACGACCCUCCUGAUCAUCAUUUUGGAGUUUACCAACCUGAACACCAAAGUGCCUAUUUCAUGGGAAGACUUCACCAUGGCUUUUGCCAUGUUGGCCACACUUAUGAUGGUCACCAUUGCAAUCAUCUACCCCACGUUCUUCGCCUGUUCCUCCUGCUCCAGGCAGAUCGGGGCGUCUGCGGUGUCCUGGUUGUGUUUUGGGCUGUACGCCACCGAGGUCUGGUUGGUCCACAAAAGACCUGGUGAAACCAGCGGCUUUCUCACCACCAUUCCUGGUCUCCUCAAGAUCCUGGAGACAUUCAUCGCCUGCAUCAUAUUUAUGUCUUUGACUCCCGUUGAAUAUAGGAAGUUUCCGGGAACAGAGUGGUGCGUGGCCGUCUACUCCUUAUGCUUCAUUUUUUCAUUGCUGAUUAUUUUCUUCACCAUCGCCAAGCUGUCUUCCAUCUUUCCAGUUUCUUUUGACAAAGUGGUCAUUAGCUUCAACAUCCUGGCCGUGGCUAUGUACGCAACCGCUGUUGUUAUCUGGCCACUGUAUGCGUUUGACAAAAACUCACGUCCAGCAGAUUGUAAACGCUGUCCGUGGGAUGAUCUGGUGGUGGUGACCUUCAUGACUGUCAUUAACUUCUUGGUAUACAUUGGGGAUAUGGCCUACUCUGUUAAAAUAGUGUUCUUUACCCAACACGGGCAGGAGUAACCCAUGCCAUAUCUUUGGUUUAACAUCAAAAAAUAAUGUAUGUAUAAGGAUGUUAUUGUAUAUGGAGUGGACAUAUUAGCGAAAUACGCGAAAUUUUGCGGGCAAAAAAUGUCCAUUGUUUGUCAACAGGUCUAUGCAAGAAUCGCUUACUGAGAGGAUACUUCCAAACUAAGCAGUUUCAACGAAGCGAAAAUGAGUAUUUCAAGAACAAAAACUGCGCAAAAUACCAAAUUGCUCGGAUUCUAAUUCUUGAUAUUAACGGAUAUCGCCCGCGGGAUUUCGCAAUACAAAGGACCGCACCUAAAUGUGGCCGCACCCUAAUUAUUCAGUCACGCCUGCGUAGGGUGGAGUAGCCUACAGAUGAGUUAUUCAUUCCCAGGACAUUCUCGUGGAAAGCCAAAAGGUUGUAUGAUGUGAGAAAUAUUCAGACAAGUUUAUGAGAUUUCGUAGCUGUUUUUAAUCUAAAAUCAGCA